ACGGAAAGGAUUGAUUAACGGACACAACGAACAGAUUUCUUUGGUUAAAGGGUGAACGAUAGGAUACGUAGUCUAGUUUUAUUUAUGUUAGGCUUUAUUCAAAUGUAAAAUCUAACUCCAGAAAACAUACGUGUAAGAAUACAAUUAUAUAUUUGUCUACAGAUAAAUUAGUCAUCGCCUUUGUUUAAUAGACUAACGUAUUUUAUUGAUUGAGAUCAUGAGAGGUCAUACGGCGGCACUCAUUUGCUAAUCCAUCUAUCUUCAGAUAAUGUUUUCUGCCAUAGUACGAAGACACAUUCAACUUGUUCACAGGGGAUGGCAGUUUGGCACACGUCAACAGCUGUCUUGUAUCUCUGUCUCUGCCUCAGACAGAGUUUCAGAUGACGGGGGAUCUUCCCUGUGUCCCCGUAGACGUUUGAUAAACAGUUCCUGGCCCAGACAGACUCAGUGGGCGCAUGGCUUCCACAGCUCUGCGCUGAGAUUCAAACGUCCAAAAGAAACAGACCCCCCAACCAGGGAGUUGGACCUGCUCCGCUAUGACUUCAAAGACAUAAGGAAGACCCCCAGGCCGGCCCUCAUCCUGGGUCUGUCUGGCCUCAUCCCUUUCGUUUCUGCACCUCUUGUCAUGGCUUUGACAGAGACGUACCUACCAGAAGUGGCUUUUGCCCAGGUAGCAUACGGAGCAUCGAUCCUGUCGUUUUUAGGCGGAGCACGAUGGGGCUUUGCCAUCCCUGAAAGUAGCCCAGCCAAGCCAGACUGGAUCAACCUUGUCAAUAGUGUGGUGCCGCCCCUUCUAGCCUGGACAGCCAUGUUGCUUAGUGACAGCUUGACUCCAGCAGCCAUCAUGGUCGUCAUGGGCCUAGGAAUCUCCUUGCACUAUGAUCUCUCUCUGCUGCCCACCUAUCCCAGCUGGUUCAAAGCCCUUCGGUCAAUACUAACAGUGGUGGCCUUUCUCUCUCUGGUUGCCACACUUGUUCUCCAGGGAAUCUACCCAGAGAAGAUGUUGUUCUCAGAGUAGGAAGUUGAUUGUUUAAGGUUUGUAUCAGUCUAUUAAUGGUUGAUUAAUAAUGGCUAAAUUGCUGAAUAUUAGCAAUCUAAGCUGUGACUGUGAAUGUUAUGGCAUUAAAAUGUUGUUGGUUACAGUCAGUAUAUAUACUAUACAGCACAUUAAAA